AUAUGUGCCUCAAGGGCUUUUUACAACCUGCUUCAUCAAUAUAAACAUGUACAUUUUUCAUCCACCCAUUUAUUAUGGGUGAUUAAUCAUGAAAUCUUCUGUAGAUACCAAUUCCUGAAUUUAAAUAAUUUCCAGGAAAUUCAGGAUUCUGUUAAGAGCUUUAAAACUUGGGGGGUUUGUUUCAGUGAAUGGAAGGGAAAAGGUAAACUGUAGAGGAGAGGAAAUGCGCUGCUAGAAUUGGAAAAGGGUUUGUAAAUGUAAAGAAAAAACCAAACAAACUCCAGCUCAAAGUCCAGCCCAGCCCUGUAAUAGAAACAGUCAUGUUACCGUAUUUUAUGGUGUGGCGCUCAUUUUGUUUUACGUGUUGUUGAGAAUCUCAGCUUCUUUAAAUACUGUGUUCCUAUUUUGUUAUCCCGUGCUCUCCUCUCACUGAAUCUACACACACACACAAUAUAUUGGUUUUAUAUUUCUGGUGUUCUGCUGACACUAAGCUGACUUACCACUGCAUGUGUGAAAAUUGGGGACAAAAUGCAGUAGCUCACAUCACCUGUUUGUGUCAUUAUGGUAAAGGUGAAAAUGGAAUGAGGCACUCUGAAUGAACUUUUAAUAGUGAGUUGCAUUUUAACCCGCAACCAGCUCAGAGUGAGUACAAACGUCUUCUCUCUCACGCACUGUUAAUGUUAAGAUAUUUUACUGUACUUUUACAUUGCUACUUUCACUUUGGGGUCUCUUCUCUUUGUGUUUUUACUGUACUUCUGACCACUUGGCUUUGUGAAGAAGAGCUGUCAGCUGUACUGCAACAUGUGGCUGUGGGCAUUGCUCCCCAUCUGCUUGGCUGUCUUUGGCACUGUGGGCAUUUGGACUGUGUUUGCUGUAGCAGUAACGAAUGGAUCAGUCAACCUCACAGAAGGAGUCCCUUACAUCAGUCUGUGUGGCACUUACAACCCUCAGAGCUGUCUCUUCUCCCAGAUCUGCAACAUCUGUUCUGUUUUAGCCCUAUGGACUGUUGUGAUCCGUUUCCAGCAGGUUAGGGAUUUUGGUAACCAUGGAAAGGCCAACAUCGCCAGCAUCGUUUUGGGAUUCAUCUCCUCUAUAGGAAUCUCUCUUGUUGGCAACUUCCAGUCAGUCGUGAAGAGUAUUCACCUUUUGGGAGCGUUCCUGGCUUUUUUCCUUGGCCUGGCGUACUUCUGGGUGCAGCUGUUUCUAACUUACCGAGCUCAGCCGUCUCAGGAUCGAUGUUACGUUGGGCCUGCCAGGGCGAUCUGCUGCGUCCUCUGUACAAUCCUGGUCAUCCUUAUGGUCGUUCUCCUCAACACAGGCUAUCCAUCUUGGGCUGCUGUGUGUGAAUGGGCCUCGGUUAUGACGUUCUUUUGCCUGUUUGGCCUAUUUGCUGCUGAGUUCAGACACAUCGACUGUCAUCUCCUCACUGUACAGAAACAAGCCCUUAACAAUAACCACAGCCCUGGCUCAGUAGAAGUGAAUGUUUCUGUUGCAAAUGCACUUAACUAAACAUGAACACAAUUACAUAGAAGUGCAUGCGGUUCAAGGACAACAGCCUUCCAACUGCCAUAGUCUCUCCGAUGUAGGCACAAUGUCUGUGCACUAUAUUGACAUUGCACUCAUACAGUAUUCCUGCUUUAUUGUUAUCAGUUAUUCAGUGAAGAGUUCCUGCCUGAUCACUUAUUGUUAUGUAUUUAUGAGUAUCUAACUGUAUUUUAACCUCGUUGAACAUUUUCAUCUCAUACAUUGCCACCAAUGUUUAUAAGAUUUACUGCCUUUAUGUUUUUCUUUUUUGUUCCCCCAGUCCACGUUCAACACAAUGACCCCAAAGUUUAGUUUAGUCACAUAACACAAAAACACAACUGAGAAGUUUGGGAAUGAAAUAUUUCUUUUGUCGACUUUAGAUUUUGAAUGAUGAACUAUUUGAAAUAGCUAUUUGUUUCUGUUCUACAAAAAUAGACUGAAUUUAUAAAGUUUGCCUUGCUUCAUACUGUAAUAAACAUAUGCUAACAGAUGGUGGCACCAUUCAUCUACUAUUUGCUCUGCACAGUUCUGACUUAUAUUCAAUAAUCCUGCUUUAAAUAGAACUAUAAAUGAACAAUUUAUUCACACAUAAAAAUCAUUUAAGCAUAUGGUGCUAUACCUUAUGAUCAUUUUUCACUGGUAAACCCCAAUAAACCCUUUUCAUCCCCCUCUCAGUAUGGU